GAAGAAGAAGAAGAAGAAGAAAGGAAGUACAUCACAGCUCCGCCAGGCGACGUGGCUCGGGCUCCCUCGCUCGUCUACCGGUUUCUGUCGGUCGCUCCCUUUUUCAAUUUGCCGAGGCUUUCCUCAGUGCUCGAGUGACACCUAACGGCAUCGGGUUGGGCACGCAUCACAGGUUGACGCGGACAACGGAUCCUCAGAUCUUAAAAGCGAACGAAAACGGUGGAACAAAGUAAGCGGAUCGGCGGGCUGAUAUGAUGGAGACAUACGGAAACUCGUACAAGAAGCAGAAGCUGACCAACGCGCCGCAGAAUUGGGGGGCGCAGCGUGCCACAAAUGUCACUUACCAAGCGCACCACGUCAGCAGGAACAAGCGUGGGCAGGUGGUGGGCACCAGAGGUGGCUUCAGAGGAUGCACCGUAUGGCUCACUGGUCUGUCCGGCGCUGGGAAGACCACGGUGAGCAUGGCCCUGGAGGAGUAUCUCGUCUGCCACGGCAUCCCAUGCUACACGCUUGACGGCGACAACAUCCGCCAGGGUCUGAACAAAAACCUGGGCUUCAGCCCCGAGGACCGCGAGGAGAACAUCCGGCGCAUUGCGGAGGUGGCGCGGCUCUUUGCAGACGCCGGCUUGGUCUGCCUGGCCAGCUUCAUCUCCCCCUACAGCAGGGAUCGUCUCAACGCCAGGAAGAUCCACGAAGCGGCGGGGCUGCCUUUCUUUGAGGUGUUUGUGGACGCCCCGCUGGACGUGUGCGAGCAGAGAGAUGUCAAGGGCCUCUACAAGAGAGCCAGAGCGGGCGAAAUCACAGGCUUCACCGGGAUCGACUCAGAGUACGAGAAACCUGAGGCGCCUGAACUGGUGCUGAAAACCGACUCCUGCAACGUGAACGAGUGCAUCCAGCAGCUGGUUGACCUGCUUCAGGAGAGGGACAUUGUACCGGUGGACGCUUCCUAUGAGGUGAAAGAGUUGUACGUUCCAGAGAACAAACUGGACCUGGCCAAAGCCGAUGCGGAGACGUUGCCUUCUCUUCAGAUUGGAAAGGUGGACAUGCAGUGGGUGCAGGUGCUGGCCGAAGGCUGGGCCACACCACUCAACGGCUUCAUGAGGGAGCGGGAGUAUCUUCAGUGUCUCCACUUUGACUGUCUGCUGGAUGGCGGUGUGAUCAACCUUUCAGUGCCAGUGGUGUUGCCGGUGGCGUCGGAGGAUAAAGAGCGCCUGGACGGCGUGACGGCGAUGGCGCUGGUGUACGAAGGCAGGCGAGUGGCUAUCCUUCGCAACCCCGAGUUCUACGAGCACCGGAAGGAGGAGCGCUGCGCCCGCCAGUGGGGCACCGCAUGCAAGAGCCAUCCUUACAUUAAGAUGGUGAUGGAAAGCGGCGACUGGCUCGUCGGUGGCGACCUGCAGGUCCUUGACCGAAUCUACUGGAACGACGGACUGGACCAGUAUCGAUUGACACCCACCGAGCUCAAACAGAAGUUUAAAGAAAUGAAUGCAGAUGCCGUGUUUGCCUUCCAGCUGCGCAACCCGGUUCACAACGGCCACGCUCUCCUGAUGCAGGACACCCACAAGCGUCUAACAGAGCGCGGUUACCGCCGGCCCGUGCUCCUGCUGCACCCGCUGGGCGGCUGGACCAAGGAUGACGACGUGCCGCUGCCGUGGCGGAUGAGGCAGCACGCCGCCGUGCUGGAGGAGGGCAUCCUGAACCCCGACUCCACCAUCGUCGCCAUCUUCCCCUCACCUAUGAUGUACGCCGGGCCCACCGAGGUGCAGUGGCACUGCCGUGCUCGAAUGGUAGCCGGCGCCAACUUCUACAUCGUGGGCCGCGACCCCGCCGGCAUGCCCCACCCCGACACGGGGAAGGACCUGUACGAGCCCACCCACGGAGCCAAAGUCCUCACCAUGGCCCCAGGUCUCAUUACCUUGGAGAUAGUCCCCUUCAAGGUCGCCGCAUACAAUAAAGUAAAGCGAGCCAUGGACUUCUACGAGGCCAAAAACCAUCAAGACUAUGACUUCAUCUCGGGCACACGCAUGCGCAAGAUGGCCCGCGAAGGCGACAACCCUCCAGACGGUUUCAUGGCGCCGAAGGCCUGGGCUGUGCUGAAAGAAUACUACAAGUCUCUGGAAAAGGCAUAGACGGCGUUCUGCUUGGCAAACAGGGAACACUGAAAUUUUUUUUUUGCCAUUUAAACAGGCCGAUGUUGGGACCAUUCAGUCAUUGCUCCUCACAUGGGUGGUUUUUAGUUACGUGCUCUAUGUACUUUAUUAGAUUUUUUUUGAGACAUAGUUUAUUGGACACCUGUUGCUGAAGAGAUGGUUCGGAUUAGAGUCUCUCAGUCAAGAUCACUAUAAAGUGCCUUUGUUGUCCUCAUCAGAAUCAACUGUCAUCGUCUCAAUGUAGCAAAAGAACAAAAAGGAGGUACUUGAAGAAGUGACAAAAUAUUUGCACACAUACAAAUCAUUUCAAUUCUGAAUGAAUGGGUCUCAAAGUCAACACUGACAUAAUGGGGUAACUGCCCCUUUAAGAAUUCCUAUGGCGUUUUCGGUUCAAUUAUGAUUAUCCUUUUGGAAGCGGUGGCUGUAAGCCUAACAUAUCCACGGAAAUAUGAAUCGAAAGUCACAUAUUUUCUCUACAGUACACAGUCGGCUUGCUAAGUGAAUCACGUUGCAAAAAUAAGGGACCAAUAAGUGCUCAAAGAACGCUCACAUGAGCCAAAAAUGUCCACGCUGUCACCAGGGCAAUCAUUGUCCGCUUUGCACUUAAAUGUGUAUAUACUGUAUAUAAAAAUGUGUGGGAACGAAAACGCUAUGACAUCUUCUUAUCACAUUGAAAAUGGAGUUAAAUUUUCAACUCUUUGAAAAUCGGAAAGUCUCAAAGGCACCUCAUAGUGAUGUUGACGCAGCUCUGGUUCUAAGGGCUGUAUUCAUGGUGGUCCACGUCGGUUAUGGUUGCCCUCAGAUGAAAAAUCGUAACUAUGGAAUCAUAUAACUGUACUAAAAACAACAAAAAAAAGUUCAGACGCUUCGUCAAAGUUCAUCUGGUCUUGACAUUGCACUUCUCUGUCACAAGCACUGCGGCAACCUGAAAUUACAUUCCAUACAACAUGGUGUGUGACCUGGGGGGGGAUUGAUGGCGUGAUUUUGAAAACUAGGGGAUUUAGGAUUUGUACAUUACUUUGAGGCUAGGGUACAGAUGACUUAUUGGUCAGGUCGUCACUUUAGCGUUAGCAAUUUGGACUUUAAUGUUGAUUUGAUACAGGGAGUUUGGAGCUGGGGUGGGGGGGGUAAGUUAUGAUGGUUGGGUACCUAAGAUCUCACGCAAAGUGUAGCUGUGUGUGUCUUUAUACCGUAAUCUUGCGUAUUGUAAAUGUUGAGUGCCUUGGAAUCAGGACACGCCCACGACCAUGAUACAAGUAUAUUUAAUUAUGAUCCACCGUUAUCACUUUUUAACUUUAUUUGAUUUUUAUUUUUUAUGUGCGUUUGUUUUCCUACCAAGCACAUUUUGCAUGUCCCAGUGCUUCUCCAGUAUUUAGUGACAGCUCGUCUAAGGUUGCUAAUGUGUUCCAUGUGGCAUUUCAUCUUCGACGCGUGUAAUCAGCCGCUUUGUUUUCACCAGCACGGGAUACCCUCCUGAAGCUUACUCGUCCAGUAAAGCCUUUUUAACUCCCAAGCAAAA